AUGUCAGCAUCACCAAUGCUGCAUCUACCCGCCGAGCUCCUCGAGCAUGUCGCAAACCAAGCCAACGAGCGAGACCUCAAGGCGUUGCGACUCGCUUGUCGCGAACUCCACGCUACCACCGACCGCCCCUUCGUCAAAGCCUUUUUCACCCACCGCACUCAUCUCGUCACCAAGUACUCGCUGGAGACUCUGGUCUCCAUCACGGCCAGUCCGAAACUUCGUGGCCAACUCAAGUCGCUCAAGUUCGCCACUACAGGUCUUCCAUACGCCGAUCGCCCUCAGAGAAGUGGCGUUAGAGGUUGA